AUGUCCUUCUUCGGCUUUGACGCCGCUCUACCCCGCGACCAGGGACACAAUACUCGAGCUCCAGGCUUCUCGCAGGCGUCCGACCCCUUCGCUGGCCCUCGACCGGACGACGAUGAUGAUGCGUAAGUACUCCCUCACCUUUGAUUUAGAGUGGCGUAAUGUGGGUUUGCGAUUAUUCACUGUCUAACACGAAAACAGACUCGACUUUGAGGAUACCUACGAUGGUCUUGGUGAUCAAUUGGACGAGACGGACGAUGCCUUCAAUGAUGAUACUUUUGGCGGGGGAGGAGGAGCAACAGCUGGUCCUGCAGCUAAGCAACCUGUAGGAAAGGACUUUGAUUUCUUUGGCCAAACUGCAAAGGUCUCCGAUGCCAUCACCGAGGAGCAACUUCGAUUUACUCGUUCGCAGCCUCCACCAAGAGCCGCCCCCUCGCAUUCGAGCUACCAACAACAACAAUCUAUGUCCCGGCCUACGCGAACAGGAUAUGAACGAUACCAGGAUCCCGAAUAUGUUCAGGAACUGCAGGUUGAUGCUAACUUGUGGGGUGUUGCACCAAAGCGACCUGCUCAAAUCUCCGCCCCUUCUCAUGACACACCUGUAACCCCCGGUCUACCAUCUGGACGAAAAAUGAUGAGUUUGGAGGAAGUUGAAGCUGCUAUACGCGCACAAGCCAAGAAACCUGCUGCAUCUUCCGCUCCAAGUCAUAUACAACCGCAAAUCCACCAACAGCCCCAAGCGCAGUACAUGCAGCCUCAGCAAUAUCACGACUUUCCUCAGCAGGCUCAGCCACAAUACCAUUUUCAAUCUGGUGGUCCUCCACGUGAAGAUCCGCGACAUGUGCAGAGAGAGCAGCAAUCCAAUCAACCUGUUCACAUUUUGCAAAGAUCACAACCGCCUCACGUCCAACCGAAUGUUCCCACUGCUCCUGCUCAAAACUCGCAACCUACUCAGAUUUUGCAGAACCCUAAUCGUUAUGCGGGCGAGCAACAGCAACAUAGAGGUGCCCCUGCUGUGCAACGACCAGGCCACCAGCAGCAUCAUUCAGGCUCGCACCAUAUCAUCACUCAUCCUCAACAACUUGCCAAUUUAUCAGAAGAAGAUAGAGCGGCAUUUCUCAUGGAAGAUGCGAAGCGCGCCAAGCGGAACCACAAGAUCUUCUUGCUAUCUAAGGACAAUGGACUUAUGACACCCCAAGACAAGAAUUUCAUUACUCGUAUUCAAUUGCAACAGCUCGUCACUGCAACUGGUAACCCCAACGAGCAUGGAACCGAUCCAUCGUUGUCCGAGGACUUCUAUUACCAAGUUCACAAUCAAAUCAGAGGUGGACCACGCCAACACCCUGGUCAGCCAUUGAGUAACUUUGCCCAAACUUACCUCUUUCAAACUGGAGGGCGACAUGGUGGCAUGCGUCGUCAAGCACGUGGAGGUGACAAUCAUAUGCAGCGCAUGGAACAACAAGUCGCUCGUGCUGUUGAGGCUGCCAAGAACAAGCCCAAGAACAAGCAAUUGGUAAUCGAAGGCAGUCUCGGAAAGAUAUCAUUCAGCAACGCAAAGACUCCCAAGCCUUUACUCAACAUCAAGCGCAACGACAGCGGAGCUGACUUGAAUCGUCCCGGCAGUGCUGCUCGCGAUCGCAAAUUGAACGCAGGAGUCAGUGGAAGUGACCGAAAAACAGUUUUAACUGAUAUUGAGAAUGUUUACAAUACCCUGAUGCAAAUGGAGGAUCACGAGCGCCAUGUGCCACCGCCACUAACUGAUGAUAUCAACCCAGGCCUUCAUGGUCUUCAUCAAGACUGGAACGCACGAGAAGAUAAGCUCAAUGCCCAGCUGUGGGCUCAUCUCAAGGUGCACGCGCCUAUCGGUGCCACCGCAAUCCAUCCAUUCAUUGCUUUUCUAUCUUUCAGCAAAGGCAAGAAGUCCAUUCCUCGUGUAUUCCGCCAUAUCAACAAUGAGCAGAGAACUACUAUCCUUACCAUGAUCGUUGUACACCUCGAUCAAUUGGAUGUUGUUCGUCAAGGUCUUAUUCAAGAGGGGGAGAUACAAUUGGACUCGUCUUCUCGUGAAAAGGUUGAGCUGUUCUCCCUUGCAGUCAUGCCAACUCUUUUUAGCUUUUUGAAUGAGAUUGGUUUGGCUAUUGUUACUGGACUCUUGGGUCUUGUUCGAAAUAGAACCAACAUUGAUCAUGUCGCUCGGACCAGAAUCGGUGUUAGCAUGUUGACAAUGCUUUUGAGCCGAGCUGAAGUCAUUAAACCAGAGGCAGAUGCGCAAGAGUGGGAGCAAUGGCAAGUUUGUUGAAUCGAGUCUCGCACAGCCAAAUACUAAUGAAUACAGGGUGGUCAUGUACAAUAGCUUUUUCGACGUCCUUGAACCAACACUUCAGCACAUCUUCCCUGGCACUGUUAAUACUGGCGAAGAUGCUUACAUCUGGCAGUUCCUGGCUCUUAUCGGCAUUGGAGCUAGCCCUGAACAACAACAAAGACUCGUGAUGGCCGUCAAGGAUCGUGUCAUGGAUACGGUUUCCAAUGCCAAGACACUCCCACCAGCAAUGUCAGUUCAGCGACUUAACAAUGUUGAACUCUUCAUGACGUCGAUUGGAUUGAGUGUUAGCAUGCUUGCAUGA